AUGUACGGCGGUGAAUCGGCGACGCAGUUCGCGGGAGCGACGGGAUACAUGGGAGAGCCCGAUGCGAGCGGGAUGAAGCCGCGCGCGAGCGGCGGGAACCAGCCGAACACGAUGACGCCGGUGACGGUGAAGAUGAUUAAAGGGGCGUUGGACGCGCGCGCGAGCCCAGACGAUGAGAUCAAAGUGAACGGGAUGGCGAUCAUGAACAUCACGCUCGUGGGCAAGGUGGUCGACGUCCAAACGAAGGGGUCACAGGUGGUGUACAGGUUGGACGACAGCACGGGCCAAACGGACGUCAAGGUGUGGUUAGACUCUGACGGGCCGGUCGAAGAGAUUCCGAGAGGUGCGUACGUUCGAGUCUACGGAACGCCGAAGGCAGUCGGGGCCGAUCAAGUGAUUGCCGCGCACACGACGGAAUCGAUCCGCGUGAUAACGGAUUUCAACGAGAUCACGUACCACCUCCUCGAGGUCAUCUACGCGAGCGGCUACGCCGCCAAGGUCAAGUCCGGGGGCGGCGCCACCGGUGUGGCGCCACAAAGUGUGUACAGCGCCGUGCAAGCGGCGCCGAACGUUGCGGCUGAUGGUGACAUGAACGGUUCGCUCUGCGAUCGCGUUCUCUUCAUCGUCAAGAAUAACCCCAACGGCGACACCGGCAUCUCUGUGUUGGAGGUCGUUGAGAAGUUGGGCGGUCAGUUCACUGAUGCCGCCGUUCGUCAGGAGCUCGAGAGUUUGUCGAACGAUGGUGCCGUGUACACCACCGUGGACGAAGACCACUACCAAGCCGUCUAA